AAUUCUCUACUCGAUAGCCAAUCGGUACAUCCGAUAGGCUAGACUAUGAAUAUGGACCUAAAUCGAAACGUUGGUUUUUAAGAACGCACCAUUGACAAAUUGCCAAUUGCCAGUAUCUCGUGGCUUGUGGCAUAAAUCCAUGUACGAUUUAAAAAAUCAAUGAAAUAUAUUUAAUAUUUAUUUUUAAUGUAUAUAUAUGUUUAAUAAUAUAAUAAGAAUUGUGUAGGUCAUGAUUACAAGAUAUAUUUAUUGUAAUGCUAAAUCGGUAGAAUUAUGUUCUCGCAUAUAUAAAUCAAGUCUUGCGUUUGUUCCAAAAUGCGAUCCAACAAAAAUAGAAGAUGUAAUAAGAUUGAAGGAAUUUAUCGAUAAACAUCAUCGUUUGUGCAUAUUAACCGGGGCAGGAAUAUCCACAGAAAGUGGUAUUCCCGAUUACAGAUCGGCAGAAGUAGGUCUUUAUGCGCGAACCAAUCAUAAACCAGUUCUUUAUAAAGAAUUUUGCAACAGUGAGGCAAUAAGAAGACGAUACUGGGCCAGAAAUUACAUUGGGUGGCCAAGAUUUUCUUCUCUAAAACCAAAUAUUACACAUAAGAUACUAAAAAAUUUGGAAUAUGUUGGAAAAGUAGGCUGUAUUAUUACGCAGAAUGUAGACAAUUUACAUUCAAAGGCAGGAAGUAAAGAAGUAAUAGAGUUGCAUGGUACGGCAUUCAGAGUUAUGUGUCUUAAUUGCGAUCAUAAAAUAUGUAGAUAUGAACUUCAAGAGGUCUUUCAGAAACUCAAUCCAUCUAUGGUUGCAAUUACUCAAAUGAUAAGACCUGAUGGAGAUGUAGAAUUAUCACAGGCACAAGUCGAAGACUUUAAUGUUCCUGCUUGUGAUAACUGUGGUGGUAUUUUGAAACCAGAUAUUAUAUUUUUUGGAGACAAUGUUCCACGCAAUAUAGUACAAAAUGUGAAAAAUAACGUCGAGAAUUCGGAUGCUUUGCUAAUUCUCGGAACGACUCUUACCACAUUCUCCGCAUAUAGAAUUGUCCUGCAAGCAAUCGAGGCCAACAAGCCAAUCGCGAUAGUAAAUAUUGGCAAAACUAGAGCUGAUGAAUUUGUGAAUUUAAGAGUGGAGGGAAGAUGUGGAGAUAUACUUUCAAAAGUCUGGCAACAGAAUGUGUCAAACAAUUCUAUAAGAUAACGAUAAAUGUGAAUAGCUUUUAAAUGUCAAAUAAUAUAUAUACCAUAACUUAUUCAAUAUUAAUAGGAUACAACAUAUAAUGUAGUAUUUUUUUUUAACCAAUGGAUAAUGCUCAAUUCAAAAAGGUAUAAUGAAUAAAUAAACUCUUAUUUGGAAAA